AUGCCCCCCAACCUUUUGACUAGAGCCUACAUUGAUCGCCUCCGCCGGAAUCCUAGUAACGUGCCAAUACUCCUCCAACAGCCACCCCUCCAACAGCCGUCCAAUAUGCAGCAGCCAUAUUCGUGCGCUGAAGUGGAUGUGACUAAAACCACAGUCGAUGGUGCCCCAAUGACAAUACCAUAUUGUGCUCUAUUCGACGUUCCUAUCCGACCCCCUAACAUGCAAGAUGUUGUGCUUGAUGCACAAGUCUGCCGUUUCAUCACUGCGCUCAAUUUCUCUUGA